CUUAAGAGGAGGGGAUAGAGGAAUAAUGUUGUUUUCUUCCUUCCACAGUCAGCCUACCUGCCUCAUUCUCCCACCUUUUACCCUCUCUCCCCUUUCUUACUCAGGACCAGGUUACAACAGAGGGAGGGGGGAGCAGAGUUAGUUUUUUCAAUGAAAUCCACCUGCUCCUCAUCUCUGUUGUAUUAGACAGAUGGACCCAAGCAGGCUUCGUACCAGAGUCAACAUGGAGCAUCUAGAGAGAAGACUGCCUGGAGCUUUCCUCCUCCUUCUGCCGCUUCUGUCCGUCAGCUGUGUCACCAACACAAAAACUACAGUCUCCUGGUGCGUGCUGUCUGACGCUGAAGAGCAGAAGUGUCUGGAUUUGGCCGGGAAUGCUACAGCUCGGAAUAUUAGAGGACAUCUGGAAUGUGUCCGCGGCCUGAACACCAGAGACUGUAUAGACAAAAUCAAGAACGGGACGGCAGACGCAGCCUCCAUGUUUGCAGAUGACAUCUACGCUGCUGGCCUCUGCCAGGGCCUGGAGCUGGCUGCAGGAGAGUCCCACAACGGAGUGGAUGGUGUUAGCUACUACGUGGUGGCAAUGGCACGUCGCUCCUCAUCAGACCUGUCCCUGCUGGAAAUGCACGAGCGCAGUUCCUGUCACCCUGGCAUACGUACCACGGUGGGGUGGACGGUUCCUAUUGGCUACCUGGUCAACACCUCCCAAAUCAGCGUAGGGGAGCAGUGCAACUUCCCCAAAGCCGUGGGCAACUUCUUUGGUUACAGCUGUGUGCCAGGUGUUAAGGACGCCCAGCAUGACCCGAGAGGCAACAACCCCAAGAACCUGUGUGAGGCGUGCAUAGGAGACGAGAACGACAGACACAUCUGUGCCAACAACCACAGAGAGAGGCACUACGGAGAGGCGGGGGCACUGAGGUGUGUGGCGGAGAACCUCGGGGACGUGGCCUUCGUCAAACACACGACAGUCUUUGACAACUUGGACGGUAAGAACCAGGAGUCCUGGGCUCUGGAUCUGGAGCUGGAGGACCUAAAGCUGCUGUGCCCAGAUGGAACUGAGGCAGGUCUGGACGAGUUUGAGCGAUGCCACCUGGCAGCCGUCCCUGCUAAUGCUGUUGUGGUGCGCUUGGAGGACAAGUGUCGCGUCUGGAAGUUCCUGGAACGUUUACAGAAUGCGUUUGGCAACGCCACCGGGGGCUUCCGCCUGUUCAGCUCAGCAGGUUAUGGUGAAUCCGAUCUGCUCUUCAGUGAUGCCACCCACCACCUGCAGAGGGUUCUGGGUAGCUACACCUCCUGGCUGGGCCCCACUUACACCACCAUGCUGCAGGCCUUCGAGUGUGAGGGCUUCUGCUGAUGGAGCAGGAGGAAGACAUCCAGCACAUCAACUUCCAUCCCAUCCCUCCGUCUCCGUCCUCCCCUUCUGCCUUCCUUCGCUGCCAUCUGUGUCCCUCUGCCACUCCGUCUCGCCAUCUCUCAUCCUCUUUUCUUUGCUUCUUGUGUUUGUUUUCUCCCUGCGUUUCACCACCCAUUCUCUGUUAUUAUGUCCUUGUCCUUCUUGCACCUAGUGCUUCACUCUAGUGUGCUGGCUGGCGGGGAGGACAUUGCAAUCCAUUCGCCAAGAUAAAUACUGGCAAUGAACAUUUCUGCAAACCACAAAUGUUACAUUUCUACAUUUCAUAUGUCGAGGACAAGCUGAAACUUCCUUUCUCCACAUUUUAAUUUUUAAUUUGAUGUGACAACACUGUGGUUAACGUGUGGUUAGGUGCAGACACAAAAACCAUUUGGUUAGGGUUAGGAAAACAUGUUUUGGUUUAAAAUAUGUGGUGUGGUCGUCACAAACACAGCUGGAAAUUUCCAGAACUGUCAUUAAAAACACCCAGUUUUGUUGUGGCUGCUCCACCACCCCCUCCUGCUCCUAAAGACAAACUCAGCUCAUAAGCAUGCAAUCUGAACUACGUCAAUGUUCUCCUUUCGUAAAAUCUCCUGCUCCUUUUCGGGUUGUGAAAGCUGUUUGGUUGAGUCAUUAGCAAAGGAUUCAAGAGAUCCCAAACUCCCUUCACAUUUCUCCACCCUUCAUUUUGCAAUUAGUUCUUUCACAAUUUGCAACUUUGUGUCAAAUGCAUCUGAUAUUUCCUUGCGGACAAUAUUGUGCAGUGUGGUUGCCAGUUCAGCAUUCUACAUUGUUUGUUUCAAGCCUUUUGACAACAUCAUUGGGAACUUAAAGGGAUAGUGCACCUAAAAAUGAAAAUUCAGCCAUUAUCUACUCACCCAUAUGCUGAGGGAGGCUGAGGUGAAGUUUUAGAGUCCUCACAUCACUUGCGGAGAUCCCAGGGGAGAGGGGGUAGCAACACAACUCCACCUAAUGGAGGCUUACGGCACCCCAGAUUAAAACGUCCAAAAACACAUAAUUGAAACCAGUACCUGUUUUUCUGUGCACUUUGAUUCAGCCCUCCAGUAUUUGUUGAGAAUCUGACAAAUAGGUCCAUAUUUAGGAACUUAUCUUUAUAAUUACAGAUCAUCCAGACACACUCUCAUUUAUAUGUUCGAUGCCAACGGAACUGGAUAUCCUGAACUACGUCAGCGCGAGCCCAGUCUCACUCCGAAGUCGUCGAAAUCCAGCGCUUGGGCAGUGUCUUGUGGCGUCAGAAACCAACGACAAAAGGUGCUCUUUAAUGUCGGCAUGAUACUCAUCCAGUUGCUGUUGUAGUUUAACUGUGCCCGCCAGCGUCGGGGGAACGUGGCUGGACAAGAUUGAAAGUUAAGGCGGCAAAAGUCUAAGUGGGGCAGAUGGGUCCAACAAACAUCGACUUUCACCUGAGAGAGCGGUGUUUGUGUCCUGUAAGAUUCUAAAGCCAAACCCUGUUCUUUUUUCCUAAACCCAACCAUGUGUUUUUGUUGUUGAAGGAAAAAAGCUUCAAUUCAUGGUGUUGUAACGACAUACAUUUCCUGUGCAAACAGAAGUGUACCUCAAAAGAAGACAAUGCAUGUAACAGGCAGAACUUGAGACAGCGUCCCAGAACGUCAACAACCAACACAUCCAGGGUACCUUUCAUAUCGUCCAAAUGUGACGAGGUCGUAGUGAGAAUGUGUCAGUGUUGAUAAAUGUACAAAGGUAACAGAUAUGUGGUUUGCAGAAACGUACAAUGCCAACAUUUUAUUGUCGCGGCUUGCCUGGAUAUCGCUAAGAGGGGCUAAUCUGCUACAAAAAACUUCAGAAAAUGUCCCUAAAAUUGAGCUUACGUUAAAAAGGACACUUGGCAGAAAGGGGUAAGAAAUAGAAAACCAUAAAAUAGAACGUAAGUGCAAGUAAACAUUUGUAGUUCUUAUAUUAUGGAUAGAUUGUGUCUCUUUUUAAAGCUCUUUAAAAAGAUUUUGAUAAAGAUUUUAGUGGAGAUACAAACAAAAAAAAGCCCUGUUAAGAGUUCCUACCCUGUUUGUUUGUUAGAAAUUGUGCUGCAUUAGUCUGAGCUUCAGCACCACCCAUACACCCCCCACCUCCCUCCCACAGGGUUUGUCUCUGGCACUGAACAACUGGGUGCUAUUAACUCUGAGCUUAGACGUCUCAGUUACUGUAUGUGUGUGUGUGAGUAUAGACUUUUUCCCACAGCCAUUAUUGUCCUAAUUGGCAGUCUGGCAUAUCAUACUGUUUGUGUGCAAGUGAGAAAAACUGUGUGUGUGUGUGUGUGUGUGUGUGUGUGUGUGUGUGUGUGUGUGUGUGUGUG